AUGAUAACAGACUGUAGCAUUUUGCACCAAUUGCAGCUUCCGGUCAUCUUCAAGGACAAUCCUACGUACAGCAGUCAAGAUGAUUCUCCUGAUAUUGGAGAUGAUAUAUCCCAUAUAUCAGCAGCUCUUCCCAUUUUCCCUCAUGAUGACAGGAAGCUGACCAAAGCAGAGCAGCAGAGAUUUAAAGAAGAAGCCGAGAUGCUCAAAGGACUGCAGCACCCCAACAUUGUCCGGUUUUACGACUCCUGGGAAUCAACGGUCAAAGGAAAGAAGUGUAUUGUGCUGGUAACGGAACUGAUGACAUCUGGAACUCUGAAGACGUACUUAAAGCGUUUCAAGGUCAUGAAGCCAAAAGUCUUAAGGAGCUGGUGCCGACAGAUCUUGAAAGGACUGCACUUCCUGCACACGAGGACCCCUCCUAUCAUCCACCGGGAUCUGAAAUGUGACAACAUCUUCAUCACAGGCCCCACUGGUUCGGUGAAGAUUGGUGACCUAGGACUGGCUACCUUGAUGCGCACAUCGUUUGCUAAGAGCGUCAUUGGUGAAUAUCGUGUGUUCACGUACUCCAUUGGAGAAUCCCCGCCUUACUCCGAGUGCCAGAAUGCCGCUCAAAUCUACCGAAAAGUAACCAGUGGCAUUAAGCCUGCCAGUUUUAACAAGGUAACUGACCCGGAGGUGAAAGAGAUCAUUGAAGGAUGCAUUCGGCAAAACAAGUCCGCGAGGUUGUCCAUCAAAGACCUCUUGAACCACGCCUUCUUUGCCGAGGACACCGGUCUCAGGGUGGAGCUGGCAGAAGAGGACGACGGGCUGGAUGCCUCCUUGGCUUUGAGGCUGUGGGUAGAAGAUCCCAAGAAGCUGAAAGGAAAGCACAAGGACAACGAAGCGAUCGAGUUCAGUUUCAACCUGGAAACGGACGUCCCGGAGGAAGUAGCUUGCGAGAUGGUGAAAUCGGGAUUCUUCCACGAAAGUGAUUCUAAAGCCGUCGCGAAAUCCAUCAGAGACCGUGUCACCCUGAUCAAGAAGAUCCGGGAGCGGAGGCAGAUGGGCUACCUGGAGGAAAGGAAAGAUUCUCAAGGCAAGCUGCCAGCCGGUCUGCCGCUGCUCCAGCCGCAGGGCUCCUCGUUCACCACUCCCUGUCAGCCAAGCAAGAUCGAAUGUGAAGAAACGGAGGUCGAUCAGCACGUUCGACAGCAGAUCCUUCAGCAAAUGCAGCACAGCUCCUCCCUCAUAGGUAACAACUCGUCCGAGAGAGGAGUGGGGUCAGUCAUACUGUCCGACGCCUCCAGCCAACACAGCCUGACUUUCUCCUCGGAGCAGAUGACGGGCCCCCAGCAAGCCUCCAACCUCUCGCAAGCCGAGAACAGCGCGCCGGGACAAAUCUACGCACCCCAGCAAAUGGUGGGGCAUUAUCAGCCAAUGCCGGGGAUUCAGCAGCAGCCAACAAACGCGACCCACCCCAAUGUGUUGCCGCUAGUCCAGAACCAGCCUCCGGCUCUCCCUACCCACACCUUGGCUCCACCUGCAGCUUGCCAGGCUCAGGUCUCCCCUGUCGCCGUUCACUCCGUACCAGGAGUUCUGCCAGCAUCCCGUCCCUCAGCUGCAGAGCAACAGCCAGCCGUUCAAAAACAAGAUUCUGUUCAAGGCCUGAUUCCUGAUGCAGCCCCGCCGAAGGACAGCCCCAAUGGGAGUGACCUUCCUAGUGGGAACGGCAAGCAAGACAAGAGCAAGCAAAGGAGGGCGUCCUGUGCCCGAGCCGAGAAGGGAACCAAAUUCCAGCUCACCGUGCUUCAGGUGUCAACAUCGGGGGACAACACUGUGGAGUGCCAACUAGAGACUCACAACAACAAGAUGGUGACGUUUAAAUUUGAUGUUGACGGAGAUGCUCCAGAAGACAUUGCUGAUUACAUGGUUGAAGAUAACUUUGUACUGGAAAGCGAGAAAGAGAAAUUUGUGGAGGAACUGAAGGCGAUUGUUUGCCAGGCCCAAGACAUCAUCCGUAGCCUUCCUGCCGAAGAGAGAGCUUCUGGCACGGAUGCUACUUCGUCCGACCCAGCCUGUGCCCAAACAGGAUCUUCUGAACAAGUUCAGAUAAACCCAGCAUCUACUCAAACGGGCAGCGAGUCUGCUCCCCAGUCAUCUCCUGUUGGACGCUGGAGGUUUUGCAUCAAUCAGACAAUAAGGAACAGAGAAUCCCAAGCGCCUUGCACUCUUGUCCAGUCAAGUACAGCUAUCCCGGGGUGUCAGACGACGAGAGGCGAAUCUGUCAUUACAGUGCCCCAGCAAAUAGUUUCUGGCGGCUCAGAAACUGACCCUCCUUUCUCAGAAGCUGGGGCAGGAGAAGUUGUUCCUAAAGAGGGAGAAAUGGCCACGGAAGCCACGGGGGAAACAGAUGCCUCUUCCACCUCCCCUGAGCAGCGGGAGCCGGAGGAGACCAUGGCCACCGGCAGCAGCAUGCAGUCGUGCUCCGAGCCGUGGACCAAAGGAGGUUUUGUGCGGAAGCAGCCGAGCUCUGACAGCGAACUGUCCGCCCCCAUGGGCGGCAGCCUGGAGGGCUGGGAGCGAAGCCAGCGAUCGCAAGAUGAGCGGAGCGGCACCCACGGCAAGAGGCGCAGCUCACUCUUUUAUUCUCCAUCGUCCCCGAUGAGCAGUGACGACGAGUCUGAGAUCGAAGACGAGGACCUGAAGGUGGAGCUGCAGCGUUUGCGGGAGAAGCAUAUCCAGGAGGUGGUGAGCCUUCAGGCUCAGCAAAACAGGGAGUUACAGGAAUUGUAUGAGCGGCUCCGGUCCAUCAAGGACAGCAGGUCAGAAUCGUCCGAAGUCUCCCUGCACCUGUCUUCUCCACGCCGGCCCAAAUCUUUCAAAAGCAAGCUGCGCAGCAGGCCCCAGUCCCUCUCACAUGCCGACAAUGGCAUUGUUGCUGCUGAUCCCCUCUGCAUCGUCAGCAGCACUGCAUCUUGCCAGCAGGCUACGGCCAGUAAGAAAGGGAUGUUCACGGACGACUUACACAAGCUGGUGGACGACUGGACAAAAGAAAAGGUGGGGAACUCCCUGAUGAAGCCAAGCCUCAACCAGAUCAAACAGAACAAGCACCGGCUGGACGGCGACAGCUGGAGCAAAGUGUAUGAGACGACGUCAUCUACCGUGGGCUACACGUCGACGUGGAUUUCCUCGCUCUCCCAGAUCCAUGGGACUGUGCCGGCCGCUUUGCCCCAAGGACUCCCCCUGUCGCCCUUCCCCGGCACGCUGACGUCCUACGGAGUGCCCCACGUAUGCCAGUACAACACCAUGGCGGGGACAGCUUACCCGGUGCAAUGGGUGGGCAUUUCUGGCACAGCCCAGCAGUCCGUUGUUGUCCCCGCUCAGCCCUUGGGACCGUUUCAGCCGGGGAUAAGCAUGCCGGUGUUCCCAGCGUCACCUGUGCAAAACCCAGCUCCCAUCCCCCCGGGUCCUAAAUGA